CGUGGCGACACGUCGGCAAUGUCUUCACCAGCCACAACCACCGUGACAACAACCGCAAGCAAUUCGGCACGAGCCUCUCCGGCCUUCUUUCUCGACAAUACGGCCUCGAGUGAUACCGAUGAUUUUCGACCACCGCUGAGACGUGAAAAAAGCGACAGCUUGCCGUAUCAACCGCAUUCGGGACGAGGUGGUCGUGGAGGUGGCAAGAAGAAACCGUACAGUGGACGAGGUUCGAUGAUGCGUGGUCGAGCAUCACACAGUGACUUGACUGAGCACAGCAGCAAUGGUACGGUGUCGAUGCGAGGUAAACGAGGCGGUCGGAAUGGCUAUAAGAAUGGUAAAGGGACACGGGGACGAAGACCGAGAGGUGGUAAGACGUCGUCAAUGUUGGCGCUUGUUGCUUCGAGUGCUGCCGGUCGUGAGGCUGCUGAGCAGCAUAACCAAGAGAACGGUGAGACGGAUGAGAGUAAGAAUCGAGUGGAAGAUAACGAUUACAUCCGAACGGUGGUCGUCACAUCAUCAGAGCAUACGUACUUCAUGCAAAUGCCUGUAUGUUUAAUCUGUGGCAGUAUCGGUAAGGAUUCCGAGGGAACGAUGGUAGCUUGUGCGACGUGUGCACAGAACUAUCACACCUACUGUGUCGGUCUUCAUGAUAAGCUGAAUUCAACGGUGGUGAAACGUGGUUGGCGUUGUUUGGACUGUACAGUGUGUGAAGGAUGUGGUGACGGUCGUGAUGAGUCGAAUUUGUUGCUGUGUGAUGAAUGCGAUGUCUCGUACCAUAUCUAUUGUCUUGAUCCUCCGCUCGAACGGAUUCCGCAUGGUUCGUGGCGAUGUAAAUGGUGUGCCACUUGCCGGCGAUGCUCAACACCGAUCGCGAGUAGCACCGAUACACAACGAAUGGAAGGUCUGUGCGAAACGUGCUACUCGCUUAGGAAAUGUCCAAAAUGCCUUCGAUUGUAUGACGUCGGUGAUCAUAUCAUCAAAUGUCAGCACUGUCAACGGUUCGAAAUUUACUUGUAA